AUGACUCUGGAGCAGCCAUCUGGUGAGAUGUGGCAGAAGAUCCGCGAGGAGCUAAAUGAGAAGCCCGACACCAAAGACCAAGACUUGGCACAUAUCAAAGAGUGGCUCAAAAAGGAACCUCAUCUACCCGACGAGUUCGAUGAUCAACGCAUUAUGACCUUCCUGAGGGGUUGCAAGUUUUCUUUGGAAAAGACCAAGCGUAAGCUGGACAUGUACUUCACAAUGCGUGCUGCUGUGCCAGAGUUCUUUGACAACCGUGACGUCACGCGUCCCGAGCUGAAAGAAAUUUUGGACAUGGUCCAAAUGCCUCCCCUACCUGGGCUCACACCUGAUGGCCGAAGAGUUAUCCUUAUGAGAGGAAUCGACAAAGAAGCCCAGACACCAAACGUUGCGGACGCCUUCAAACUUGCCCUUAUGCUGGGUGACGUCAGAUUGGCAGAGGAGAAAGAAGGCGUAGCUGGAGACAUUUACAUUUUGGACGCCUCUGUUGCAACUCCCACUCACUUCGCUAAAUUCACACCGACCAUUGUCAAGAAGUUCCUAGUCUGCGUACAGGAGGCGUAUCCCGUGAAAUUGAAGCAAAUCCACGUCAUUAACGUCUCGCCCCUGGUAGACAAAAUUGUAAACUUUGUCAAGCCGUUCAUUAAGGAAAAGAUCCGGGAAAGGAUUUUCCUUCACUCUGACACGAAUGAGCUGUACAAGUAUGUUCCUAAAGAAAUGCUACCGGCUGAAUACGGUGGUAAUGCUGGAUCCAUGGAUGACCUUCACAACGCAUGGGUUAAGAAGCUAGAAGAAUACAAAGAUUGGUUCGCAGAACAGGAGAACUACAAGGCCAAUGAGGCCCUCAGACCGGGGAAACCAACCAAUUACGACGAGCUAUUUGGCAUCGACGGCUCUUUCCGUCAGCUGGUCAUAGAU